GCUACCUGAUUAAAAUAAUGAUUAUCUUAAUUGAACCAAUUUGGCCUCGGACUCCACCACGGCUGCUGAUAGGAAUGGAAGAGGGGGAGCUUUAAAAAAAAACAUCACUCACUGUGCUCCACUCUCAGAAUGCUUCCAUGUGUUGUUGAAUGGUAGAAAUUGGCUUUUUUUUGUCAUGUGGGUAGGAAAAAGCCCCUCAGGUGUGACAUGACAUCUCCAGUGGAUGUGGAGUUAACAUUGUUACAUCACACCAGAUGACAAAAACCAUUGUUGUUCAUGGCAUCUCAACACCCUGUCUGUUUCUCUGGGGAGAGAUGACUGGAUCUGCCCUCUGUGCCCUCUACUGAAGGCAUGGCCGAGCAACAGUGAAAGUAGAUCAUCAGAUGCAGUGGACCAUGGGAUUAGAUCCUGCAAGAGCACAGCUGCCUAAAACAUGUGCUGCCAUAAUGGCCAUCAGGAAAGGGCAUCUGGGACCGCAACACACAAACGACCGAUGAGGUCAUUUACAGGAAUGGAGAACUUGGAAAACAGAUAAAAUUUAUUAAUUUCUUGGUUCUGUCAGUUUAAUCUCUGAAUAAGAUGUAUAUUAUUACAUUUAUUGUGGAUCUACUUAAUCGUGUGAAAACAGUUACGUUUACUUACUAAUACAUAUACUGAUAUGUAUUGUAGGUAUACUGCAGUAACCUCACGCUCCUGUUAAUGUAUAGAACUACAAAUAUUCUGUCCUCUUCUGAUGACAUCAAUCAUUGCGUCAUAAAAUACGGACGCAAAUAUCAUAAACAUUGAACAUUUGUACAUUGUAUUGCAAAGUCCAUGGUUUGUGUUGUAGUGUAGCAGUUUACGCACGUGUUUUCAUUUGGAACUUGCAAUAAAGUUUCUUGUGACGUGAGAAUGUUACAAGCCUAUUGUAUCUUUAUUGCCCAUUGACGACAAUUUACCAUUUCCGCGUGCAUGUUCAUAUGAUCAAAGUGUGAAAUCGUGUCAAAGAUAAGUCUGACGUUGAGGCAACAUGGCACUGGUACUAAUGGAGGAAUUCGGUGAGGUACCGGGAGAAGGACGUGUACAGAAAUGGAUUCUGAAAUCGUCUAACAUCACAGUGGAAAUCAUAACACUAGGGUGCAUCAUAACAGCCAUCAAGUGUAAAGGCAAGAAUGGAGAGGUCAAUGACAUCGUUCUGGGUUAUGAUGAUCUUGAGGGCUAUCUGGCCAACCCCAAGUACUUUGGUGCUGUUAUCGGCCGGGUAGCCAAUAGGAUCGCCAAGGGCAGAUUUGUGGUCGACGGGAAGGAUUAUCAACUGGCCAUCAAUAAUGGACCUAACUCCCUCCAUGGAGGACUGAGGGGCUUCAGCAAGGUGAUAUGGGGAAGUGAGGGUGUGGAGGGCGGGGUGCGGCUCACCCUCAAUAGCCCAGACGGAGACCAGAAUUACCCCGGGGAGGUGCAGGCCUCUGUCACUUACACCCUGGAGGGGGACACACUGAGCAUCCAGUACCAGGCCCGCUCCACUAGAACCACCCCCAUUAACCUCACCAACCACUCUUACUUCAACCUGGCUGGACAGGGCUCAGCUGACAUAUACGACCAUGAAGUGUCCAUCAACGCUCCAACAUAUUUGCCUGUAGAUGACGUCAUGAUCCCCACUGGCGAGGUCAGACCAGUGGAGCACACACCCUUUGACCUUCGGAGGCCAGUUCUGAUUGGACCACGGCUGAAAGAAGUGCCUGGGCCUGGGUUCGACCACAACUUCUGCCUGUCAUCACCUGGAGAUGCUUGGACAGAGCGCAUGUGUGCAAGGGUAUUUCACCCAGCGAGUGGGUGUGUUAUGGAGGUCAGCACCACUCAGCCCGGCGUCCAGUUCUACACAGCCAACUUCUUGGAUGGCUCUUUUAAAGGAAAGGGUGGGGCCUCUUAUCCUAAACACAGUGCCUUCUGCCUGGAGACACAGAACUGGCCUGACGCUGUCAACCAGGCCUCUUUCCCCGAUGCUCUGCUGAGACCAGGGGAGCAGUACCGCCACGUCACCCGCUUCACCUUCUCCACCGCCUGACGGAGAGGGGGGGUGGGGAAUCAGGGGUCAGCAUCAAGCAGGGAGCGACCAAUCAGAGCUGAUCCUUUGCUGAUGAAAGGAUGGAGCAACACAGAACAGGAGUUGUUUACACUCAAAUCAGAAGGUUGAUUUUUGUAGUAUUCAAGAACCAAUCUGAGAUGGACAGGUAAUGAUUUUGAUAUGAAAAUGAUGAUGAUGAUGACAUGAUUAGAGGUGAUGAGUUCAUAAAGACACACAAGUCCAGUACCAAUUUGACUCUCAAUAUCCUCCACAUUGCUUUGUUCCCCUCUUUACAGCUGGACUUUUACUGCAUUAAACAUUGUAAUAUCCACUACCAUUUGAAAUUGUCUUUGGGCCCUGUUCAAAUUAGGCUUUAAACUUCCAUAAAUAGUACAGUACAUGCAUAAGUAAAUUAGUUUCCACUUUCCUUUGUUGUUGGGUAGACAGGGUCUCUUUUGCUCCAUUACUCUUACAGUUGUGGCCCAAAAUAUUGUCACCCUUGGACUUUUUCUCCCUAUUUCUUAUCAAAUCAUUUUACAUUUAGAAUAACUUUUGAUAACUGCCAACAAAUGCUUAUUGUAGCCAUCCAUGAGCUUGCUGCACCUUUCUACUGGCAAUUUGGCCCAAUCUUCAGCAGAAAACUGUUCUAAUUCUUCAAUGUUUGAGGGAUGCCCUCCACCAACUGCUGUUUUCAGCUCUCGCCAUAGGUUAUGGAUGUGAUUCACACCUCAUCUCUUCGCUGGCCACUCUAGAACAGACCAGUGUUUCUUCUUAAACCAUGCCAUGGUGUUGUUGAUGUGUGUUUAGGGCCGUUGUCCUUCUGGAAGACCCACAACCUUCAACAAAGUUAUGUUUUUGGACCCUGGGUCGAACAUUGGUAGUCUGCUGAUUUCAUGAUACUGUGUCUUGCACACAUUCGAGGCCCCCAGUACCGGAGACAGCAAAGCAACCCCACAGCACUAUCAAACCUCCCCAAUGUUUGAUUGUAGGGAGGGUGUUAUUUUCUUUGUAAGCUUCAUUUGGUCAUAGGUAAAAAUAGGAAGACUAAAAUGCUGAAGGACACACAAGAUAGCCUGAUUGAAUUUCUCAAAAACCCAUCUCAACAAGCCUUAAUCUUGUGGAAAAUGUUCUGUGGACAAAUGAAACAAAAUUAAAACUCUUUGGCAAUACAGAUCAGUGCUGUGUUUAUUGGCGACCAAAUUAAGCAUUCAAUGAAAAGAGCACAAUUAAAGAUGAGGGUGGUUUGAUAAUGCUGUGGGUUUGCUUUGCUGCCUCUGAUACUGGGGCCUUGAAAGUACGCAUGGCAUCAUGGAAUCAGCAGAUUAUCAGGUGUUUGAGUCCAAUGUUCAACCCAGCGUCCAAAAACUGAAGAUUGGGCCAAAUUGCCAGUAGAAAGGUGCAACAAACUCAUUGAUGGCUACAAUAAGCAUUUGUUGGCAGUUAUCUUGGCCAAAGGCAGUGCAACUAAGUACUGGCUCCAGGGUGGCAAUAAUUUUGUCCAUGCCAUUUGUCUUAAUUUUCUAAAUGAAUUUGAAACUUAAGUUACCAAAAAUAAAUUUGGUUUUGCAAUGUUGAAAAUCCAAUAAGGUGUGGUGACAGUUUUAUUUAAAUAUAAUUUAUUUGAAAAGAAAUAGAGAAUUAUUUAGGAAAAGUGCAAGGGUGACAAUCUAUUUGGCAGCUACUGUAAGUAUUCAACUCCCUGGAAUGUAUCUCAUUGGUAUUCACUGGAGUGAUCUUUGAUUAUGGGACUCAAUAUUGGACUCUAUUGCAAUUCAAUGAAAACACCCAUUAUAUUACCUCUUCUACCUUGACUUACAGAGCCUUCAGAAAGUAUUCAUAAACCUUGACUUUUUACGCUUUUUGUUGCGUUACAGCCUGAAUUUAACAUGGAUUAAACUGAGAUGUUGUGUCACUGGCCUAUACAAUACCGCAUAAUGUCAGUGGAAUUAUGUUUUUCGAAAGUUUUCCAAAUUAAUAAAAAAUGAAAGCUGAAAUAUCUUGAGUCAACAAGUGUUCAACUCCUUUAUGGCAAGCCUAAAUAAGUAUGUAAGUCAAAAUGUGCUUAAUAAGUUUCAUGGACUCACUUGUGUGCAAUAAGUGUUUAACAAGAUUUUUGAAUGACUACCUCAUCUUUGUACCACACACACAGAUAAUGUUAAGGUCCCUCAGUUGAGCAGUGAAUUUAAAACACAGAUUCAACCACAAGGACCA